UGCCUCUCCCCUAGCAGCCAGGUCCCACCCACAGACAGGGGGCUGCUGAUCUCCAUUCGACAGCGAACACUCAGAGCCACUCACCGGAGGAGUCAUCUCUUUGUCUGGGUAGAGGUGUUUUCUCCCGCUGUGAGGAUGAGUGUCCUGAUGGCUGAGAGCUGUUUCAUGUCCGCUAUGCAGCCCAACUCCUCCUGCACCGCUUAUGUGCUUCCUUCGGACGGCCCCCCCCCGGACUCGAUGGCUCGAGCCCGCCGGGUCCGGGAGCAGGUCCGGAUGAGGCUGGCGGAGAAGAAAUCCUCCUCCCUGCCCGGGUUGGACGACUCGCUGAUCGGAUCAGCAGGUGGAACGCAUCACGGCGUCUUACAUCCUGAGGCAAAGAGCUUUUCACACACCCUUGGUUUUAGUUCCAGAUCCAUGGUACACACACCCAGUCGCGUCAUGGCUAUGCCCACCGCCCCCCUGCGCUCUUCUGGGUUGUCGCCCCGCUCUGCGUUGGAGAGCAGCUCUGUGAGCCACAGGGGGGGCAGCGUGGUACAGAGCAGCUUCCUGUCCACACACAGCAGGAACAGACGCUCCAAGUCCCUGUGCCAAGCAGACCUGGAGACAUUCCCCCUCUCUGUGCCGGCUCCCCCAGAGAACACUUGCUACUCCAUCUCUGUGCCCCCCCCCGGCAGCCUCAGGCGCAGCCUCAGUGGGACCCUGGCGCAGGACAGGGGCCAGUGGCAGCAGGAGGCGGAGCUGCCCUCUCAGUACACCUACAAAGGCCCCUCCCAUCGCACCAUCAGCCGCAUCACCAACCGCCAGCAGCACACCCAGCAGCAGAGCAGCAGUUUCGGACAGGACGGCUUGGCGGGGACCGGCAGAGGGGUCCCCAUGGCAGGGGACGGUUGGGGGAUGCAGUGGCAGCAGCAUGUGUCCAGGGCCAACCAUGUCUCGGGGAACGGGCAGUACCUAGCCCCCAUCCGCCGGACCACCUCCGUUCACAGUGUGAGGAGCGUGGGGAAAGGAGUGGACAUCCUGGACGGAGCAUCAAUACACAGCCACGACCCUCUGGAGGAUAUGCGGGGUAUGGAUAUGACUACAGCGAUCAGAUAUUUGUCGGAGUCAGAUGUUGGCCUGCAAGUUGUGGGAGCCAUGUACAUACAACACCAGUGUUACCAUAGUAACGAUGCCAAAAACCAGGUCCGUGCUCUGCAUGGCAUUCCAGCUCUGGUUGAGCUCUUCGGCAGUGACAACCAGGAAGUGCAGCGUUACGCCACGGGCGCCAUGAGGAACCUCAUCUACGAGAACGCCGACAACAAGGUGGCCCUGAUAGAUGCUGGGGGGGUGCUGCAUCUGGUCAGCAUGCUGAGCAAACCUGACGAGGAGCUCCAAAAGACCAUCACAGGUGUCCUGUGGAAUCUGUCCUCCAGAGACAACCUGAAAGAGAAGCUGUCCAAAGAGGCGUUAUCGGAGCUGACAGAGAAGGUUCUGGUCCCUCUGUGCAGCAGACUGCCACUGAGCCCGUCAGAGAGAGACAUCUUCUACAACACCAGCGGCUGCCUCAGGAACUUGAGCUCAGUGAAUGAGAGGACGAGACAGAAGAUGAGAGACAUGCGAGGCCUGGUGGAAUCUCUGGUGUCUUACAUUCAACAGGAGGACAGGGCAGAUGACAAGGGUUUGGAGAAUUCCCUGUGUGUGAUGAGGAAUCUGUCCUACCAGCUGUACACGGAGCUUCCUCCCUCAGCCCGGCUGCGUCUGGAGGGCCCGUCCAGAGCCUCCGCCUCCAGGGAGAGUGACGCCAUCGGCUGCUUUACUAUGUAUAACAAAAAAGACAACAAGUCUAACCAGAACAUGUUCAUACUGUCGGAAGUGUCCCGACAACCUAAUGGUGCUGAGUGGCUGUGGCACCCUAAUAUGGUGGCACUCUACAAGCUUGUUCUGCAGAACAGCGACUGCAGCUCCACCAGCCGGGAGGCGAUCGUAGGAGCCCUGCAGAACAUCACAGCAGGAGAGGGCAGGUGGUCGGCAGUGCUGAGUGGCGUGGUGUUGGAGCAGGAGAGGAUGCUUCCCAUCCUGCUGGAUCUGUUAGACACUAACAGUGACGCUGAGCUGAGGCCUCUGACUGGCCUGCUGAGGAACCUGGCCCGACACUCCACCAACAAAGACCACAUAGCUAAAAACAUGGUGAACAUUCUGGUGACCAAGCUGCCCAAUGACGGCCUUCAGAAAACCCCAUGCAACGAGGUGGUGGUCAACAUCUGUGGAGCUCUCAAUCACCUGGUCACCUGCAGCUCCUUGGCAGCUCGAGACGUCUCGUACUUCAACGGCCUGCCGAAACUGAUUGGCAUCAAGACAUCCCAUGAUAACAGCUCUGGGGGAAUAAAAGCUGCCAGAGCAGCAUCAACUGUCCUCUGCAACAUGUUCCAGUACAGCAAACUGCACAGAGACUACAAACUGAAAGGAUUUGCCAGACGAGACUUCACAGAUCCCACCAUCUAGUCUGCCAGACUAAUUCUGAGCUUCUGACCUGAGGAUAAAGGUCGCUGAGAGAAAAAGACAAGGAACAACAGUUGGACUUAAUGAGCGGAUUAUGUCACUGUGAUGGACCAAGAGAAGGAGAAACAUGGACUGGAGCCAACGGAGCGAUGGACUUACUGUUAGUGCUCUGGCAGGUGUCUGUGUGUUUAACUUGGCCCAGCUUGCAGCAGAUGCAUCAACCUGGGAUGAUGGGAAGUUAAUGGUGUCAACAUUCACUUCAAUCCCAAAAUUGAAGUGUUAGAGUUAGACUGAUUUAUAUUCAACUAAUGGCGAUAGCUGAUAUUAUGCACACACUACAGCACAGAAGCUUCUUUAGUUCCCAGGUAAUAACUGGGAUAACUGCAGGAACUGCUAGAGAUGCUAGAGAUUUUUUAUAAAAAGUAGUCUUGCUGUAUGCAGCAGCUGAGUCUGCAUAACGAGCCGGGGCAAUAUGGAGAAAAUCUAAUACCGCAAUAUUUUUUAACAAAUUCUUAAUUCCUGCAAUUCUAACCCAAUAUCAAUUCAAAAUCGAUAAACUGUCUAGCCCUACUGCUUAGAAUAAUGUUGCAUUUUUCACAAUUAUAACAAACCAAAUUUAAUCCGUUCAGAGUUGAGCUUACAGGAUUUGCAGACACACAUCAGUAUUAUCUUUGUUUGGCGCCUUUGUUCUUUUAAUAUUUUUACUAUUCAACAAGUUUAGGCAACCAAGUGUAGCAUUGUUGUACAUGCUAAACUAAUAAAAAAGCAUAAAUUCAUAGAUGUUAUCAUGGGUGUGUUGGUGGGUCAUAGGCUUUACAGUAGCCCUGGAUAUCAAUUUCUUUUCCACACAUGACCCCAUGUAGGAAAUGUCACAGAGGAUUUCACUGAUAUACUUCAUGUGUCAAAUUAGGGAGUGACUAAAGUGUUCGCAAAAUGUUUUACUCGGGACAGGAUCUCUCUUUUGGAUCAAUUGAUAGCAAUGUUUGUCUGUCGGCCACUGCUCUGGUCCUGGACCGUGAUCUGGUGAUGGUCACUUCAAAUGUUUGAUUUGUGUAACACUUUGGUUUAUGAGCACUUACAUUCAAAACUAAUACAUUCCCAUCAGCAUCAACUCUACUUUGUGUUUAGUGCUAAUUAGCAAAUGCUAGCAUACUAACAAGCUAAGCUAAAAGGAUGAACAUGGUAAACUGUUUUAGCUAAA